AGCACACAGGCGUCUCAUGAAGAUGUUGCAGCAAACGUCCUUAACUUGGCGCAAAACCGACCCGACAUCUUCGGUUCCUCCGAUUCCGAAGUAUCAAACGCCAUCAAUGCAGAGUUGAUGAAAAGACGACCAGUUGUUGCGCCCGCAAGCGCGCCGAAGUCGUCCAUCACGCCUCCGCUGAUGGCUGCUGCGCCUGUUCCGACCCGAGCACCCCCGCCACCGCCGAAGGUUGUGCCACCACCGCCGCCUGUACCCGAGCAACCCGAGCAGAAAGAUGGCAAACGAGCCGCAGCUGAGCCAGAAGAAGAGGUUGAACCCGAGGCAAAGAAACUGAAGAUUGGUGAAGUCGAGUUGGACGAUGAAUCUGACUUUUUGGAGGCGAACCCAGGUGCGGCAACCAUCAAGGUUGUGUGCCCACAAGUGGACGGCGACGGCAAGUUGACCGGACAAACGCUCGAGAUCAAGGUCGGCUCUCUAGCUGAAAAGAUAGUUGAUCUCAAGAGAUUGAUCAAGCCGCUCGCGGGAGACUUGGCGCAGAACAAGCAAAAACUCAGCACUCCGGAUUUGGGUUUCCUUAAGGACACCGCGAGUUUAGCGUACUACAACCUGAAGGACAAGGCGGUUAUCAAUCUGUCGAUCAAGGCUCGAGGGAAGAGAUAG